AUGCACCUUCCAACGAGUCUACGAGCCCUAAGCUCACUCUUCAAUCUUAUUUGCCUCGUCCAGGGUCAGCAGGGGAGCCUUCAGGAUGGUGCUUUGCAGCAGCAAAUCCUCGCCAACACGCCAACCAACUAUGGCUCUGCUAUCAACAUCACCAGCUCGCGUCCAUUCUAUGCCAUCGCGCAUCGAGUGCUGUCGUCAUACGGGGUUGAAGCCGCAGUCCAACAUGGUGCGAAUGCCCUCGAGAUUGACAUGACGGCAUGGAAACAAGGAUGGUGGGCAGACCACGACGGCCAUCUCACAAGUUAUGGAGACAAAGCCGAGGAUUUAUUCAAGGUCAUCCGGCGCCUCCGGGAACGUGGCGAGACAAUCAUUUUCGUUUGGUUGGACCUCAAGAACCCCGACUGGUGCGAUCCAGACGAUCCAAAGUGGCGCCUGUGCUCCAUCGAUGCCCUGCGGGAUCUGGCGAGGAGUAUCCUAGAGCCCGUCGGUGUCCAAGUUCUGUUUGGCUUCUACGAGAAUCAAGUCGGCGGCAAGGCUUUUAGGCGUGUCCGGGAUGGUCUUAAUGCCCGGGAGGCUAUUGAUAUUGAAGGGACCCGGGCGUUGGUGCGCUCCUCGUUCCUCAAGUUCCCCGUCCCCAAGCAACAGAGUAUCAUGUCCUACGGCUGGGGGCUCCUUGAAGCAGGGUUUGGCGACUGCCAGGAGAAGGAAUACAAAACCUGUACAGAACUACGUCAGGCGGUUGAAAUGGACGCAUUUGGCAAGGUGUUCUCCUGGACAUUGACACAUGAUCAAAGUUGGUAUGGCGACAAACUCAUGGGAACGGCACGUGUGGACGGUCUCAUCUACGGCGCUCCCGCAACAGAAUACAAGGACAACGGUUAUAAUCGCGAUACUUUCACAUUCAUUUUUAAGUGGCUUCGGUAUCAUGAUGGUUUUCGUCAUUUGGCUACUCAGAGCGAGAAGCCAUGGUGA